AUCCGGAAAAAUGGUUUUUAACAGACUUACCUAUCGCCAACAGAUACUAGCUGGAGUGCAAAACAAAAGGGUUUAAACGAAUUUAUGCUGAAUACAUAGUAAUAAUGUUUCCGUCCGCCAUGAAGCUUGCAGUACAGUUUCUUUUGUUCGCAAUAGCAUUUAAAGAACAUGUAUCAGAAAAUGUAUCAAAAGACAGCGUGGUCUGUGUUAAUGAGGAUGAGAUGUUAAACGCUUUAAAAGGAAGAGAUGGUCCAGCGGGGCCGCCUGGAUUGAAGGGUAAUCGAGGUGAGCCUGGUGAUCAUGUUAUCCCAACUCAAGGUAAUGAAGGGUGGCCGGGUGUAGAUGGCGAACCAGGGCGUAAAGGAAGAAAGGGGAACCGUGGAGAACCUGGAAUGACUGGAGCUCCAGGCCUUGAUGGCGUCAACAACAAAAAGCGAGGUAUGAAGGGUGAGCAAGGAGUCAGCGGAGAAAUGGGAGAGCAGGGUGAUCCUGGAUAUGUAGGAACCAACGGCCAGAGGGGUGAGCGUGGAUCACCUGGAGAAACAGGUCCCAAGAUAAAAGAAGAGGUCUUGAAGUCUUUAUUGAAUGACUACUAUGUUUUGGAAAACGCUUACUUUGACGAUCUCUAUCAUGUAACAUCACGUGAUUUGACUGAUGGUAGAUCAGAUACUGGCGGUUGGGGAAGCGAGACAGCGAAGACUGGGAACUAUAUUCAAGCAAACUAUUUCCAUCCUGUCUACGCCACCUCGGUCACGUUAGCCGGAGGAUUUGUACCGUCUUGGGGUCAUGAAAUCAGAGAAGAUUAUGGUUAUAUGGAUUUGGAAUAUUUUUCGGAUAAACGAAAAUGGGAAAAGCGUCUUUAUGUCAGACGGGCAAGAAGUGAGAAAAUUGGAAGGAGUCAACAAGUCGGUUGUGUGCAUAAAAAGCAGCAAGGCUUUUGGACUUACCAUAGUACAGGGAGAGCACGGGAAUCCUGGCUCGCGUGGACCGCAGGGUGACCAGGGUGAAAGAGGAUAUCCUGGAUAUACUUCUUCCAAUUUUUAUACGAAUUUCAAGGUCCACGAGGAUCUGAUGGGGCUUCAG